AUGGCAUUACAGUGUGUGUUCCCGAGCCCAGUUCUGUGUUCCAGAGCCCUGUUCUGUGUUCCAGAGCCCUGUUCUGUGUUCCAGAGCUCUGUUCUGUGUUUCAGAGCCCUGUUCUGUGUUCCAGAGCCCAGUUCUGUGUUCCAGAGCCCAGUUCUGUGUUUCAGAGCCCAGUUCUGUGUUCCAGAGCCCUGUUCUGUGUUCCAGAGCCCAGUUCUGUGUUCCAGAGCCCUGUUCUGUGUUCCCAGAGCCCAGUUCUGUGUUCCCGAGCCCAGUUCUGUGUUCCAGAGCCCUGUUCUGUGUUCCCGAGCCCAGUUCUGUGUUCCCGAGCCCAGUUCUGUGUUCCAGAGCCCUGUUCUGUGUUCCAGAGCCCUGUUCUGUGUUUCAGAGCCCUGUUAUGUGUUCCAGAGCUCUGUUCUGUGUUCCAGAGCCCAGUUCUGUGUUCCAGAGCCCAGUUCUGUGUUUCAGAGCCCAGUUCUGUGUUCCAGAGCCCUGUUCUGUGUUCCAGAGCCCAGUUCUGUGUUUCAGAGCGCUGUUCUGUGUUCCAGAGCCCUGUUCUGUGUUCCAGAGCCCAGUUCUGUGUUCCAGAGCCCAGUUCUGUGUUUCAGAGCGCUGUUCUGUGUUCCAGAGCCCUGUUCUGUGUUCCAGAGCCCUGUUCUGUGGUAGAGAGGUCAUAUAGAGAGGUCAAGACAAAUGUAU